AUCGACUUAUCGGCCAUCACUAGGCCGGCAGCUUGUUUACGUGUUGUAUUAGAAGUCUUAUUUUUUAGAAUUUCUGUAUUUGCAAAGUAAUUAACAUUGAAGAUGACAAAUCUACAGCGCUGGCUAUUCUAUGCAACGCUGUUCGCGGUACCUUAUUUGGCCAUUGUAAUGGGGACAGUUCAAACAGCAUUUACAACCAAAUAUUUGCUACACAUUCAACUCCUUCCGCUGCUGCUGUUAAUUCUAUUUGGUAUAUAUUCCGCUUGGACUGUGUUGUAUCGCACUUUCACAUUUAACGACUGUCCCGAGGCUGCAAAGGAAUUGCAAGCGGAGAUAUUGGAGGCACGUAAAGAUUUGAUUGCAAAGGGAUUUAAGUUUCGCGACUGAUGCCACAGAAAAUGCUUUUAAUUAGACAGACUUUUGCAUGUACAUACAUAGUUAAAAACAUUUAUUAUAAUUUGUAAUUCCAUUAAACAUAAAGAGAAAUUUGGUGUG